CCACCACCUCGCCGCCCGCGCCGCUGCCCCGCCCGCCCUUCCGCCCUCCCCUCUCCUCCUCUCAUCACUAACACGAGAUAAGACGCGUUCUACGCGUUCUCCACGCGCCAAAUGCGUGUCUGACGCGUGUCCGACGUCGGCCGAGCAAGCAACACCUAGGGACCGCCUGCGGCGCGCGGCUACGUGCUGGGGCACGGAUAAGUCGCCCAAGGUGUAGGGGAAGAUGCCAAUGCAUCUCGCAGGUGCGCCACUGCGCUUUGCGCCCCGGAAUUCUAUUAACACAUCAUUUCUCCAUCUCUCAGCCUUUCUACAGGAUGUCUCCCCAUAGCGCGCCUGACGCUAUGGGGCGGUGUUUUAUCCAGUCUCCACCACGCUCCUCCCCUUCCCCGAUGCCGAAACGCGUCCCCGUGUCGAGCACGGCCCGUUCGAGUACCCACCGCACUGGCGAAUUCGCGGUGCUGGGCUCGGCACGGGAUGCGUAUAUCGACGCUCCUAGGCCGUCAUGGCUUAGGAGCUGUCGAGGCCCGCAAGCGCUAGGCCGCUCGCUCGCAAUCGCGCAGGUGCACACUCGCUGGCCGGCGCGCGACCGUGUGACCGCGGUCACACACCUCUCCCCCAACCACCACCACCACUACCACCACCUGCGCCACCUCUCCCGCGCGCGGUCUUCCUUCCGCCUGCGCUUCUCGCCCCCAGCAACCCCCCUACCUCAAGUCCCCGCAGCCUACCCCCUACCUCACGGUGGCCCGCGCUCGCGCCCACCAGCCGUGCCCUAACAACCACCUCAACAGCAAUGCCCGCCGAGCAGCGCGCCUCCAGCCACCACCCCCCUCCUCUCCCUAUACCCUCCUAAGCACGCGUGAGUAGGCGCACUCGCUCUUGCGCGCUGCCUAGCGUGGGUCGCGCCGGCGAAAAAUUUUCGCCUGCGCUUUUUGUCCCUUUUCUGCACAUCCCCAG